AUGGAGUCGAGCACCAGAGGUAAAGAUGCAGGCAAUUUGUCGGAAGAGCUCGAAGUAAGGAAGGAAUUGGAGAAAGAAAUACGGGAUCAACUGGAGGAAUUAAAGGGAGGUCUCGGGAGACUAGAGCGCCAAGUAAGUACAAACUGUCGUGUCGCGCUUCGAAUGGCGAUGCGACAGUGUGUCGCGGUUGUCGCAACGCUCAAGCCACAACUGUGUUCAAUGGAAGGAUUGCGACACGUUUUUUUGACUGUUGCAAGUCAUUGAAUCCUGCGACAACCGACCGGUGCGACACUGAAGGGAUUGCACUGUGCAGUCUUUCCUCACAUCGUUGGCUGUAUCGAGUGAUCGCGCGGGAAAUCUGCACUGUGCAGCGGAAUUAAAAGAGCGCGAUUUUCUCGGGGACUGCACCGUGCAGCUGUAACAUUCUUUAGUGGAAAGACUGAUAACAUUCUUUUCCGGACAAACUGAUAUUUGUACCACUAACAGUAUUCUUUAAAAAAUUUAGAUUUUGAGUUUUAAAAUUUAAAUAUUUGAUUUUCCUACCAAUUUGGCAAUGUGUGACCCGCUCUUUUUUGAUGUUCCGGAUAAAAUAUGUUUACAAAUCCAAAAAUUUAGUUUUAUUUUAAGGUGCACGUCAAGUUGACUGCGGACUAAGAUGAUUUGUCACUUCGUUAUCGGGUCGAAAAAUAAAGAAAUGUCGUAGAAAAUAAAAUUUUAUUGUUUCGUUUUGCGUUUGGAAAUAAUUCCGGUCUUUUAGUAGCUUAGAACGUUGCAUGAUGCUAGUUAGGUCAAAAAAUUAGUAGGAUUUUUUUAUUUCUUAAUUUGGUUGUCUUAAUUGGCUUUUCUAUUUACUUUUUGACCGGAAAGUAGAAAAUUGUCCGAGAAAAAAAUCUUUUUCUUUUCGAAAGAAACUAUUCGCAACUAUUGAUUGUGACGAAGUGUGAAAAAAUUGCCAAGUCCGCGUUUUGUUUUAUUUCGACUUGACGUGAGGUGGUCUGUCAUUAUUUCCAAAAUACUAGUAAAGGCUCAAAGACUGUUAUAAGCUUGAAACACUGUGGCCAAUUUGGUGGAAUUUCAAAACGUCAUUUUUUGAUCUUGCUUUUCUCGAUUUUGGAUGGAAAGCGCGAUUUAGUACCUUGCUGAAGAUAUUAUGUUUACAUGAUCUUUCAAUUAAAAAAUCAGUCAAUCAGAGCGGGACAGUUGAGGUACUUUUCUUGUAAGCUAUGCUCUAGUUUAGCCAUAUACUAUUUGUCGGUUGUAAGCAACAAAUUGGGAGAAGUUCACCUGUACGUCAAAAACGAAAAAACUUGAAAAUAAGUCUACAGGAGAAAUUUUUCGUCCUCCUCUCCCCCCUCAGGGAAAAACAUAAUAAUUUAAAGUUUUUGCUUUUAACUUAACAUGUUGAAGAUUGAAAACAAUAUUUAUCUGAUGUAGUAUUGUCAUGGGCUGAUUCGUAAUUCGUUAAUUUUUUAAGUCAGGAUAAGUAAUUUUAACAGUACACGUCCUUUAACAGAACUCCUACCUCGUGUUAUAUUUAUAAUCUUUGACGAAUUCUAAAAUAAUGACUUUAUAGAUCAGAAGACACGGCUGUAUUUUUCUUUGUACAAUCUUUGGAAUGUUCUUUAUUUGGAAUUUUAUUCGGUGGCGCGAUAUUUUUGGUUGGUAAAAGAGGAUUCACAAUUCACACAACGUGAAACGUACGAAGCGAUAAUUUAAAUGUUGUGAUGUUGGUUGUUUAUCUGGAAAUAAAAACUAUUGGAGCGAUUGUAUAUUGAUACAAGUUAUAGCACCCUGAAGUUGCUUCAUUUACGUCGUUUAAAGUUUUUUGUGGAGACCGCUCCAAAUUUAUAAAUUUAGGCUGCGUAAAUGGUACCAAUGGGUCUGUUGGAAGAUAAAAAUAAUAAUUUAUUACAAUUUUUUACGCUCUGUGAUAUAUCUCAUUUCUGGGUUUGGUACCUUACGUUUGCCGUUUUAAAACAAGUUUUUUGUUAGACCACAACAAAUUGCAAGAACUAGUAUCAGACAAAGGUAUUCGGAUUUUUUCUUUCCGCUGUAAAUUUUCAAACUCAACGGAUCUUACAGGGAAAGUAUCUGGGAUGGGUGGUUGAGAGUCUGCAUGAGAAAAACAGGCGGAAGCAGUUACAGCGUGUGAAGAUCAAUUAAUUUUUUUUGACAUUCUUUAUUUAAGUUUUUGGAGGAUGAGUUCAAGGCGCACGGUGUUGGAGAAGAAGGUGGAAGUUAUUUGGAUAGAGGGGCUGAAAGCUAUCACAUACCAGAACAGGCUGUUUUUGAAGACAACCAACCGGUAGAGGAAGAACCUACCCCGCCGGUAACAUUUUUUUACUUUUACAAGAUAUUUAACUUAUUUGCUGAGGCCAAAUUACUCUAUGAUUACAGGUAAUCUGAUUUUUCAGAACAAGGACAAACUGUUUGAAGAAAGUGCGAAUUGCGAAGGCUUUGGAGUAAAGAAAGAUGUAGCAGAUUCAAGAAAACGGAAACGACCGGUUACACAGGGGUCGUCACGAUCGUCAAGUACUUCUAGGCCACAUUCUCAGGGCUCAAACCAUAAUAAGCAUCAUAAGAAGAAGAAGACUUUGGCUCUACCUUUCAUGAGUAACGGAUUUUCCUACGAAAGCAUGUAUGAUACAGAGGUCUCGAGUACGCUAGGGGAAGAGGAAUUGGGGAAACAGAUUGCUUUAGUAUUCGGAGAAUUGGAUGCGGUAAGUUACUAUUGUACUCGUAUGUAGUUUAAAUAACGAUAGUCUUGUGUCGAUUAAAUACGAGACUAUUUUGAUAACAUAUAAUCUUUUUUGAUAGGUGUUUUUUAAGAUUGUAACAGUUAUAAACAACCUUACGUUUUCUCGUGAUGUGAUUAAUAACAAUUUGCAGUUAUUAAUAAAUUUAUUUAUUGCACUUUUACCGAAAACCUUUUUUAUAGGUUACUAAGGGUUGAAACAUUAUAUUAUUAUGUUGUCCUUGUCAUCUUUAAAUCUUUACAUUUUCAGGGUUCGAUUGUGUUUGCAGUAAAGACAGUUGGAGUGGAGUUAGCUCAAGAAUUGUACAAAAAGACAUUGGAAGUGGAGAAGAAUGGAGGUAUGGCGGUAGAGAACGGUACCAGAAGACGAACACCCGGAGGGGUUUUCUUCAAACUACUCAAAGACAGUGAUAAGGUUGAUAAGCAGGUGAAGGUGGGUUCGAUUUCACAAUCAUAACGUAACAUUUCAGAUCAAAAUCAACGAGAACAGUCGAAAAAUGAUGGAGAAAAUGAGGAACGAAAAGCAAAAACAAAGGGUGAGUUAUCUGUGAUCAUAGCUUUGAAUCAAAGGCUCCAAAUGUUUCGAGUUUUUAAUUUUGAAAUAUUUGGAACGGUUAAAUUAGUCAUACUUUAUUGCAUGUUACGAUAACUGGUCAAAAAGUAUGUGGAAUCGUGUUUUGAACAAAUGGAAUAUUUUGAAUUUCUAUUUACUUUUUGACCGAAGGAGUAGUUAACUUGAAGGUUUUGAAAUAUGAAGAGUUAAAACAUUAUGUUAAUCACAUGAUUUUCAGGUCCAAAAGCUAAAGCCUCUUCCCAAAGCUGUAGAAGUCCUACUAGACAGCGGCGAUGCCCCAGUAGCGCCAUCCUUCGACCUGAAGUCGGAGAUUAAGAACCUCAUGGACUUCGAUUAA